UUCAAGAUGGCGCUGGACUGUGGCCGGAAUGCCGCCGCUGCAGCUGAACGUUGAGGGAUUUAAUUAAUCUUCUGCCCCGCGGCGACGUCAACUCCGCAAGACGGAGGAAACAGUGUUGUUUUUCAGACGCAAGAAAUGAAGACGCUACACCUGCCGAGCGUCAGGUAACGCUGGACAGCCCCUGGCUAAAAUGGUAGCCCCUUCCUCCAAGAACAACAAAACCUGCUGCUGCGGAGCUCGGCCGACGGGGCAGGGGCGCUCGUUGCAGGAUUUUACGCCCGCGGCCGAGGCCCGCUCGGCGGACUGAGUGGUCAUGGAAAGGGAGAACAGAGGAGGGUCGUUUGCUUUCGACCUGAACGAGAACGAAGGCGGAGGAGAGGGGGGAGCUUACACCGCCCUCAAAGACCGCAGCAUAGCGCUGCUAGCCGGUGUCAGCGGGGGUCAGGAAGCAGAGACGGGUCAUAUUUAUGUGACCGGUAACGGGAGGAAUGUAAACAGAGACGCCUCGGUGCUACCGCCCCCGCACAAGAGAGAGAUAAUGUUGGAUCUGGUUGCGGCGGAGAAGUACCUCCCCGACCAGUUGACUGACAGGUGUGUGAUUUCGGGGGUUCGUGGCGACCACAGUGGCCUGAACGGAUUUACUGAGUCACUCGGUCAGGAGGAGCCGACGAUGGUCGCGCUGGAAGGAGGCGAAGGAGGAGGAGGAGGAGGAGGGCUCGGCCUCGCAGGGACCACGACCGCUUCCUGUCCAGCUGUGCUCGGGGGUUGGGUUUCAUCGGAGACUGGCCGACAGAUGCGGCUGCAUCCUGCGGGGGAGAGCGAAGGGAAAACCCCGGACGUGACUGGGGGAGAAGGGCUGACGGGCGGUGGCGCAGUCACCGGCUGUACGAGGACUUUUCUCCCCUGUGAUCGGCUGCCAUGCCCGGGGAAGCACCAGCGGAACUGCGCUUGCACCGCGGCGGCUCUCUCGUGUCCAGUCGUAAACAUGCCCAACGGGGUUGUUGACAGCCCGGGGUGCGACGAUCCCGACGGGGAUCUCGCUUAUUAUAAUCCGACGGGAGUGUUUUCCAGCCCGCUGCUGAGCCAGAGACUCGGUUCAUGCGACGUGGACUGUGAGGAAGUGAAGGUAGCCAACGGUGGUUUACACAUCGUGAGCACCGCCAGAGCAACAUGUGACUGUCCCCAUUCGGACUAUUCCCCCGAAAACAACACAGACAUUCAUUUCGGCCCGGGGGCGAGGCAAGAAAACGGGGCCGGAUCAGGUUUUUGUCUUAGGAGCCAAAGAGACUGCAGCGGGAGAAUGGUCUUUCAGUGCCCCGGGGAGGAUGCGCCAUCUGCGGCUGAGCUCCCUCCCUCCCCCGUACCCUCCGCCACAGCCUCCUCCAAGGACUCCCCCACCCCGGGAUCAAGUGCCAAACUCCCCUCGCCCUGCCUGUCAACCCUGUCCAACCUGAACGGCGACAGCCCGCUCUCAGAACCCAGCACCAGGGAGGAUGAGGAGGAUUUCAGUGACCUGAGUUUACCGGUCAGGCCGCAGAGUCUGAGGACUAACCCCAACCUCGCGGUGUCUCUCAGCUGUGAUGCCACCCCGUUGUCCCCGGAUGAGGAUGGGGGCUUUUAUUUUGGAGACGCGGGGUACGAGGAGGACUGUCGGAACGUUUUGGAAGCGGGUCGCAGGCAGAGCGCCCCGGACAAGCUCCCGGACCUGACCGACCACACGGACUGCUCGGACCUGAAGCUGAUGCCAAAGAGGUUCGGCAUCGCUGAUUUCUUCACCAGGAGCCUAUUUUCUAGGAAGUCCAAAGAGCCCAAGGCACCGUCCCACAAUGCAGCAGGGUGGCGACUGUUCAGCAAGACAGCAGCCAGAGAGGCCGAUCCAGCUAAAGACCCUUCCUCCACACUGUCCCUGCCGCAGGAGGAACAGGUGAAGGACUCAGGCAUGUCCUCGUGUCCUCAGCGUUCCUCGGCUGCGGGGAGGAGGAAGAACCUGGAGUUUGAACCUCUUUCCACCACAGCUCUCAUCCUGGAGGACCGGCCGGCGAACCUUCCUGCCAAAUCUGAGGAGGAAACUCAGAGACACAAGCUGGAGUACGAGGAGAUGGUGGCAGGAGCCAAGAGAAGAGAGCUGAAAGAAGCACAGAAGAAGAAGCGUCAGAUGAAGGAGAGACACAGACAGGAGGACAGCAUCUCCAACGCCAUGGUCAUCUGGAACAACGAGAUCCUGCCACACUGGGACACCAUGAAGGGAACGAGGCGUGUCAGGGAGCUGUGGUGGCAGGGACUUCCUCCCAGUGUCAGAGGACGAGUGUGGAGCCUCGCCAUCGGCAACGAGCUCAACAUCACACCAGAGCUGUAUGAGAUCUUCCUGUCCAGGGCCAAAGAGAAGUGGAGGAGUUACAGUGAAACCAGCUCAGUGAACGACAGUGAGAGCGAUGGAGGGGCCUCUCUGGCUGACAGAGAGUCCAGUCUGGACCUCAUCAAACUGGACAUCUCCAGAACCUUCCCCUCCCUCUUCAUCUUCCAGAAGGGUGGUCCUUACCAUGACCUCCUCCACAGUGUCCUGGGGGCUUACACCUGUUACAGACCUGACAUUGGAUAUGUUCAGGGCAUGUCGUUCAUCGCCGCCGUGCUGAUCCUCAACCUGGAGGAAGCCGAAGCCUUCAUCACCUUCGCCAACCUGCUCAAUAAACCCUGUCAGAUGGCCUUCUUCAGAGUCGACCACGAGCUGAUGCUGAAGUAUUUCGCAGCCUUUGAGGUUUUCUUUGAGGAGAAUCUGCCUCGUCUCUUCAGCCACUUCCAGACCAACAGCCUGACCCCUGACCUCUACCUGAUCGACUGGAUCUUCACUCUGUUCAGUAAGUCCCUCCCUCUGGACGUGGCAUGUCGGGUGUGGGACGUCUUCUGUCGGGAUGGGGAGGAGAGCUUGUUUCGGACGGGGCUGGGCAUCCUGCGUCUCUAUGAGGACGUCCUGCUGCAGAUGGACUUCAUCCACAUCGCCCAGUUCCUCACCCGCCUGCCGGAGGACCUGCAGUCACACACGCUCUUCGCCGCCAUGGCCAACACACACAUGAUCAGCAGGAACCGGCGCUGGGCUCAGGUGUUUUCUGCUUUGAUGAAGGAUGGAAAUAAAGAGUCGGACAAAAACACCAGCCCGGCUUUGAGAAGUUAACACUUGCUAACUUCGACGCUAAUGCCGCUAGCUGUGCAGGCCGAAGCUCGUACCAGCCAUGAACGCCCGAGGUGGAUGCUAGCUCGCCCCGUCAGCGCUGAGGCCAACAUCCGAGGCCAACAACUGUGAGGCUUGAAGCUACGUAGCCUGAAGUUAAACUCUCACUCCGGCGGCUUAGCUACGAAGUUUGAAGCGAACACGAGCCGGGCAUGAAGGCGGAAGCUGGUGUCAGAGGCUGAACGAGCUAAGAGCCGUUAGCCUGCGUUAGCCUCCAGGCUGGCGAAGGAAGAAGCGGCUCCGGCGUUCCCUGGAAUCUGUGUUGGGACCAGAGCGGGAAAGUGGUUGGUCAGUUCUAAACUUCUACAGCCAUUGUCAGUAUUUCACCUGACAGGUGAUGUUUUGAAGAAGCGACUGGUUGUUUUAGCUUCAGUGUCACUAAUUUACCAGCCUGCUAAAGGUGGACAAUUAAAACUGACUUUCAGAUCAUGUUACUUCCCCUGUUUUAGGCUGAGAGGGAAACUCAGUCCUGGCCAGUGUUUGGCUGGUGGUAAUUCUGUCUCCAUGCUGGGACAUAAACACCACUAACAGAGUAUUACGCCCUGUGUAAUUCUCAAAGACUCAAAUUCUAAUUUUCGGUGCUAAUAACGUUCUAAAGGCUUCAGAAACACUGCUCUGCCGGUGAAUUAUUAAUGCAGGUCCUUGUGGCUUUGAUUUCACACUAAUAUUCAUUUGCUGCAUUUUUAGCUUGAGCCAGUCUGGAUCUAAAAAUGAUGGGAAUCUAGCACUAGCAUGGCUGAUGCUAAUACACUGGCUGGAGAUGAUUAAUUAGCUUUUUAAAACCCUGAACAUUGGAGGUUUGGGUGAGAACGAAUCUUAAAGACAAAACACUUUGGACAUUUUGUACAGUAGACUUUCUAAUCAUACGUCUCAUCAGUGAUCCUGAUCAAGUACGAGCAAAUGACUAAAUACUUUGUGAUUCUGAUGUUUUUACGGGAAAUGAAUGAUUCCAUUGGGCUGAAUAAGUUCUUUCAUGUGUUAAAUAAUUUAAAAUCUUAUCAUGCAUAUAAAAAUCCAGCUGUUAAAGGGGAUUUAAAGGCAGAUAAUUAGUGACGGUAGACUCACAGUCACCGACGGUCAAACGAAGACGCGUUUGUGCUGUAAAUGUUGGAGUUUUCAGUCAGUGUUUGAAGGAUCCAGAUUUCCUCUCUGAGCACUUUAAAACCUCAGCACUGACGCUUCAUCACAAACACCGAGCUGCAAAAGACUCGUAAAGCUGCAGAGCGAGUUCAUUAACGGGGCAUUAAGUGACUCAUUGUUUCCUCUGUCGGUUGUUAGAGGGGAUUAAACUAAACGACCGCGGUUGCUAAUUAGAGUUUAGGCAGAACAUCAUCGAAUACUGGAACAACAACAGUGGCUUCGCAUCAGCUUUCACUAGUUUUGGCUUGAGAACGAAGCUUUUCAGUCUUUGUAGCAGAACUUUUAUCGCUUUCCAUCGUCUGUGGAAAAAGUAAAAAAAAGUUGAGUAUUAUUUACUUAAUUGCCCCAUGAGAGAAUUUAUACACUUGACUUUAGCAGCACGUACAUGUCAACUUCAGAUUCAGCAUAAACGGAACAUGACGACACUCGAGCGGGUGAUUACAGUGUUUUUCCUGCUAUACUUUCUGUUGUUGUUGUUGUUGUUUGUUGAGAGUCUGCUGUUAACCUGACGUUCCAUCCUGAGAUACGGACCUCACCCCUCACGCCAUUUAUUAUAUCGUGUCGACUGUUUGAGCUGAAAGAGCUGCUCAAUUAAUCAAUUAGCUGAUCGACAGGAAACUAAUCAACAAGUGUUUUGAUAAUCAGUUGAUGCUUUGAGUCAUUUUUCCUCAAAAAUGCCAAAGAUUCUCUGAUUCCAGCUUCUUAAAUGUUUUACAUUUUAUUAAUGAAACAGAGCUGUCGUUAUUGAUUAACCUGCUCGCUGUGUUCUCCAGCGUUUGUUCUAAAAUGCGUCAGUUUCCCAGAGAACAGUGUUUUUUUUUUUUACUGGAUCAGAUCAAAAUAAUCUGCAGAUGUUUUUGUAAUCAAAUGAUUAUUGAGUCAAAAAAAAAUGAAGAUGGUUGGACGAUUGGUUUAGACGUUUGAAGCCACGGACGAUAUUUUUCUGUACUUUUCAGACAUUAUUCACUGACUAAAAGUAACAAUACUGAAAA